CGAUUUUCAACAACCACAGCGAUGGGGAUUGCUAUCAUAGAGGAAGCCGGCGACGAUCCGAAGCUGGCGCAGUGCCUCGCGAUCCUUGCAGGCAAGUCAGAUGAACACAAGUUCGCAGGUCUCUUGAUGGUCACGAAGCAUCUUCAGACCGAGGAUGAGUCGGCACUGCAGCGCAUUCGGAAGGCGGUCAUGGAUACCGCAGGCAUAUCGUUCUUUGUGAGGUUGCUCCAUACGCAAGGCGGUGGCGAUGGGGAUAAUGCUGCCGCUGAUGGGGAUGGAGAUAUCUCCCCUUUUCAAGCAUUGGCCCUCAAUUUGAUCUCAAGCUUUUGUCAAGACAUAUCAUUGGCGCGUGAAUUCGCCACGACGGCCGUUGUCUCUGUGGUGCUCGACGUCCUUCCUACAGCCGUAUCUACCACCAACACAGUCGUUCUGCAAGAUUGCGUCCAAAUCAUCCAUGGACUGUUGUCAUUCGACGUUCUGACAACACAUUCAACAUGGAAAGACAUCGUUGUGCGGGAGAUUCAUCGCUGCAGCGUGUCGACUCCCGUCCAAAACACAUCACUCACCGUGCUGCUCUCAUUACUACAAGCUUCUCCCACCGUCUCAGACAACGAGCUGGCCAUCCUGUGCGACUCCUUUGCAGCCAUUUCCACACCUUCGAGUGCCAAAUCCGUCUUACAGGACUUCUUUCUCGGCACAUUGGGCUCGUACGAUCGUACCCUUGUCCAUUCCAACGUCAAGUCCCUUGCUCGCGGUCUCUUUGGCGCAUGGCCGUCGCAUGUCCACGACGAUGUCACGCGGCGCGACUCAUCGCUGCAGCUAUUGGCGCUGUUGUUGUCCUCGUGUGGCAGCAGUGCCUGGCUAUUUCAAAGUGACCAGCCUUGGGUCCACAUCGCUCUCCAACUAGCCGCCAUCGAAGCGAAGCUUCUAUUGGACGACGCCGAGAGCGUUUUGAUCGAUCACGUGGUGACCCCAACUCCCGUCGCCGCUGACGACAUCGUGUUGAAGCGCGUAUGCCGCCUCCUUCCAGCGUCGUACGGUAUUCUCGAGGCCGUCCUGGGCGGUCUCAUGGUGGACGCCAACACCGCUGCGCUGUCGCACACGACGCUGCUGCAGCUCAAAGACAGCCUUGGCCAAGUGUUCACGGUCGUGAUCGAGUUUCUCACGACAUGUCGGGAUGCCCUGGCCAGUUCCAACUUGACUUUUCCCAGGAACGAUCUCGACCCGAUUGUCGUUGCCACUAUCCGCGUGCUGGGCGCUUGGAUGGCAGAAGAAACGGACCUCUUGGCCGACCAACUGGUCGAGUUGGUUCCAUUCCUCGUCACGUUCACUCCGACCUCCCUUCCCCCCAUCCCGUCCACCGACGAGCAGCCGUGGGACUCGGACGACGAGGCCGACGACCUGUCUACGGCUCCAGACCCGACGGAUGUGGUGCCAUUUUUGCUGCCAGGAUUGCUCCAGCUAACCGCCUUGAACGCCGGGGCGGCAGCCGUGGCCACCAACGACGCCGUGCUGCAGCGGAUCAUGCAAUUCACUGGGGUGGUGUGUAACCGGAUGAUCGCGGCUGGCAACGAAGGUGUUGGCUCGCUCACCAUGUGUAUGGGCAUUUACCUCAACGUCUUGUUGUUGGCGUCCCCGACUCCUGCGAGCCGUCGGUUGUUGGUCAAAGCCCUACCAGUGUGGCAAUCGCUAGCUGUGCUCACGUGGCGCCACGUCAUAGCGUUGGACCCCGACAUGGACGACCAGAACGACCACCCGUCCGACAUGUACCUGCUGCUAUUGCACAUUGCGAUCGUGGUUGCCCUGGUCCAGCCAUCGGCGAUGACAUCAACGACCCAACUGGCGGCGUGCACCAAAUGGAUUCAACAGCACGCCCCCUCGAUGGCAUGUGAAGAUGCAUACGAUUUGCACAUGUUGGCAUUGCGAGUACUGAAGUAAACAACAAGCUCAAGUGGGAAAGCUACCUAGUAUGCUGGAUAAAUUAAUAAUCGAGACUAUGUGGGAAGAGAGAGCGCAGUGGAGUGGAAUGAGCAAAGCAUGAUGGAACCGAACGACCGCUAGACGGACGACGCAAUGAUCUCUGGCGGCGGCGACGUGGCCAGCCGCGCCCGUUUGUGGUUGUUGCUGCUGUUGGCAACUUCGCGACAUCGGCGCCGAGUCAGCGGUGGCGCCGGAGUCUGUUGCAUGAGCGGUACCUGCGCAAGAUGACUACGGUGGUGCCUAGUCGACAGGCGUGGCGUGGGCAAACAAUCAUGUAAUGGGCUGUCCAACGAGUCGUAUGAGUCGAGGUCGCCCACAUGUCCUUGCUGGAGGAUGCGCGCGUUCAUGACAGGCGGCAUCAUCGUGGAAAGUCCGCUGCAGUAAGCCGCGGUGGUCGUAGUCGCGGACGAAGACGUGAGAGUCGAAUUGGAUGUUGUGGGCGGGUUACGCCGAACACGUGCGUUUACGACAGCUCGAAUAACUUGGUUGCUAGCGGGAAGUUCCAGCAGUUGGGCGGUGGGCAUGUUUGCCUGAGACUGCUGAAGGAUGAUGGUUGUGUUGAUCGCGUACACGCUGUAAUUGCUAAAUGCGUCGGUGGGCAAUUGGUGCCGACAUGUGGGGCACGUGCUGUGCAGCUUCAACCACGGGUCGAUGCACGACAGGUGAAACUUGUGGCGGCACCCUGGCAGUUCCACGCAGUCGUUGUCAAAGCUGUCCAUGCACACGACACACGCGUCGCCAUUGGUGACUGGCACCACGCUGUCCUUGAGCGCAUCAACGCAUGCCGCAGACGCAGGCGAGACACUGUUCAAUUGGGGCAUGAUGUAUCGGAUGAUGCUUUGCACCCACCGCGGGCUCUUGAAUAGCCGCAGCGCAUCCUUGAUGUGUGAGUUGGGUGGCGCUGCAUACCGCACGUUCACUCGAAUAGCCAAGUCCAUCUAUGCUGCUGCUCUUCGUCUGCCUCCUGGUUUCCUCAACACAGCGCUCCCGACGCGGCAAAAUGGGAAAUGCCAUUUGACGUCGUCCGUUUUUGCUGUGCGGGCGACGGUGUGGGGGUUCGUUUUUUAACUUCCGCCAUGUUCAUUAUUCU